ACCCCCCCUCCCUCCUGCCUCUCAUACCUUCCCCCCGGGCUGCACUCGCUGCUGCGGCGGAGUAGCUGCUGAUUCACCCCCGGACAACCGGCGUAGCGUGGCGUAGCGCACCGUCACUCUUUAUAUUCACGCUGCCCUGGCUACUUGGCAUUUUCCCCUGCUCCCCGUCAGGAAAGUUUGCUGCGGUUUGUUCUGGACUAAUUGAUCGAACGAAGCGUUUGUUUUUUUUUUAAGCCCACAGAAAGAGAAACACAGUAGAAAAGAAAAACAAAGUUUAUUUUAUUUAUUUAUUUAUUUUUUGCCUCAUCAUGACCGCGGAGAUGCGGCGAAGCAGCGGUGCAUUUUCGGUCCCGAUCAAGAACAUCGAGCGGGAGCUGAUCUGCCCCAUCUGCAAGGAGCUCUUCACCCACCCGCUCAUCCUGCCCUGCCAGCACAGCGUCUGCCACAAGUGCGUCAAAGAGCUGCUGAUGCUGAACUAUGAGGACUCGUUCGACGCUGGCUCUGAGAGCUCAGUGCCGGGCAGCCCGCGGUCCAGGGUGCCUUCCCCCUCCAUGGAGAGGCUGGACAGGCUUGUCAGAUCAGGUUCGAUCUCAUCCCCGGGCUGGCGCCGAGGGUCUGUGACUCCCCGGGUCACCGCCAUCCCGUGCCCCGGCUGCCAGCAUGACAUCGACCUGGGAGAGCGCGGCAUCAGCAUGUUGUUCCGUAACUUCACCCUGGAGAGCAUCGUCGAGCGUUACAGGCAGGCUGCUCGCGCGGCCGUUGCAAUCAUGUGUAACGUCUGUAAACCUCCAAACCAGCAGGAGGCAACCAAGAGCUGCAUGGACUGCAAAGCUAGCUACUGCAACGAGUGCUUCAAAUUACACCAUCCCUGGGGCACGCCCAAAGCCCAGCAUGAGUACGUUGGUCCCACCACGAAUUUUAGGCCAAAGGUGCUCAUGUGUCCAGAGCAUGAGAUGGAGAAGGUGAACAUGUACUGUGAAGUCUGCAGACGGCCGGUGUGUCAUUUGUGCAAACUGGGAGGGUCUCAUGCCAACCACAAAGUCACUUCGAUGAGCAGCGCUUACAAGAUCCUCAAGGAGAAACUAGCGAAGAGUAUCCAUUAUCUCAUCAGUAAAGAGGACCAGGUCAGGACUCAGAUUACUGAGCUUGACCGGCUCAUCAGUCAGACGGAGGAAAAUGGACAGCUUGCAGAGCGUGAAGCCAACGAACAUUUUGAACGUCUGUUUGAGACUCUUCAAGAAAGAAAAUCGGAGAUGCUGAGAUCCAUUGAACAGUCCCGUAACAGACGCAUAGACCAACUGAAAGGCCAGGUGGAGGAGUACCAGGGUAUGUUGGAGAACAGCGGCCUGGUUGGCUACGCCCAGGAGGUGCUGAAAGAGACCGAUCAGUCCUGCUUUGUCCAGACUGCAAAGCAGCUACAUGUCAGGAUUCAAAAAGCCACCGAGUCACUAAAGACCUUCCACCCUUCAGCUGACCCUUGCUUUGAUGAGUUUGUGCUGGACACGUCCAAAGAGGAAACUUUGCUGAAAGAGAUGUGCUUCGGUGGAGUCCCAGACCCCCCUCUGAUUGACUGGUCCCACAGCAGAGUUUACAACGAGGCCUCCAUCUGCUGGAGGCUCUCUGAGGACCAUCUACCAACAGAUCACCAUGUUCUAGAGUAUCGCAAACUUGGGGGACAAAGCCAGUCUCCAUCUCCUGGGAAUGGAGAGGACAAUGGCGUCUGGAGGGCUGCAGACAGGGUGUAUGGGUCCAGUGCUGUGGUGCACGACCUGGAACCUGACAGUCGGUACGCCUUUAGAGUUCGAAGCUGCAGGAACUCCAUGUUCAGCCCGUACAGCCCAGAGGUCUCCUUCCACACUCCACCUGCACCUGUUUUUAACUUCCUGUUCAGUGACAAGUGUGGAUUCAGUACCGAGCGCCUAAUUUUGAACAAUCGUCGGGAUGCUGUGGAGAGCGUGGCGGGAAUGGCUUUCCUCCUUUCAGCAGAACGUGUGCAAUCCGGCAGCUACAUCGGUCUGGACUACAUCAUUGGGGACACGGGCAUCUCCCAGGGGAGACACUACUGGGCCUUUAAGGUGGAGCCUUACUCCUACAUGAUUAAAGUUGGCGUGGCUUCUGAUACCAAGCUGGCUGAAUGGUUCCACAACCCAAGAGACACCAGCAGUCCAAGGUAUGACCACGACAGCGGACAUGACAGCGGCAGCGAGGAUGCAUGCUACGAGCUCUCCCAGCCCUUCACACUCAUCACCCUGGGCAUGGGUAAACUCUUUAUCCCCAAGGCCUCUUCUUCCUCCUCCGUUUCCAAUGCAAAUUUAUCAUCCGGCGACCCAGGCAACCGCGUGCUUCCCAUGCCCCAGCGCCUGGGCGUAUGCUUGGACUAUGACGCACAUCGGGUGUAUUUUUACGACGCCGACACCAUGAGGUGCCUUUUCGAGAGGCAGGUCGACUGUUCGGGAACGAUGUUUCCAGCCUUUGGUCUCAUGGGCAGUGGAAAGGUCCAGCUGGAGGAAUUCAUUACUGCUAAAAAACUGACCUUCUGAGAAAGAAUGGAGGGAAGAUGUUGAUGCAUUAAGACUUUAAUAAAUUACCUUUUUCUUGGGUAUUUUUCUGUGAAAACCUAGGGGGUACGUUGUCCUGUGAGGGUAAAAUUCAACCUUUUUUCUUAGCGAUGGGCCAGUUAUCAGCAGGGCUUCUCUCACCCCCCCCUCUCUGUGAAUGAGAUAACUGGUCCAAUGUGUCCACAUGCAGAGGUCUUCAAAGAUUGAUAUGAAAGGUCAUCUUUGCAAACCAAAGUCUCUGUAUCUGAAUUGUCAUUGACCUGCUUUUAUUUACCAGCUAAGAUCAGCCGUUACUGAACUGGCUACAGAAUAUGUAGACGCUUUAAAUAUUUUAACCUGAAACAACUUACACUGGGACACUGCUUUCUUAUUCUAGAUCAUUUCUUGUUUUUUUUAAAUGGUUGGUGGUUCUGUGUGAAGGUAGCAGCAAAGGUUUAGAUGUUAGAGGAUACGAGGGAAGGUUGCUGCUAGUUUUGAAGCUUGCCCCUUUGUGCCCCCCCCCCCCCCUUUUUUUUUUUUUAAAUAAAAAAUAAUCGCACAAUUACACAAUUGUUGUAUCUACCAGUUUACUCUAGUUUAUCACUGAAAACACUACUAGUU